AUGGGAACGGAUCAUAUUUAUGUGAACUAUGGAUUUGAAUCAUCGGAAGAACUUAAGAGGGAAACUAAUUUAAAUAGUCAUUGCACUGCAAAUGAACAUAACAAUAUAUUUCAAAUAAUUAAUAUAACGAAUAAAGAUACUAUAAAACGUAAAGCAAUUGAUGCUCAUAAAACAGAUAGUGUAACAUUACCAACAUUAGAUAUAGAUGUUAAUGCGGCAAAUUCUGAAACAGUAGAGGAUUUAUUUUUUAAUUCCGGUAAUGAUAUAGAAAAUGAUGAAAAUGUAUGUGCUAAUAUUGAUCAUUCCAAGGAGUCUAGGGAUCAAAAUAUAUCUGAAUCGAAAUUAUUCGAUUUCGAUUAUAAAUUCAAAGGACCAAUCUACAACAGUUUUAGAGAUGUACCUGUAAAGAAGUCUUGGACACGUAGAUCCUUGCGAGAAGAAGAUUUUAAGGAGUGUCUGUAA